AUGUCUAAGAGAGAUCGCGACGGAAACACGCGGACUCAUGAGCCCAAGCAGAAGCCGGCGGUGCCCGAGUCGCAGUUCACCCCCAUGUUUAUGAACUUCCGAAAUGAGCUCGACCAGCACCAUGACCGGAGGGAGCGCAUCAUCAAGGCGUCACGAGACGUGACUGCUCUAAGCAAGAAGAUCAUCUUCACCUGUCAAAGAGUCAACAAGCUGGGCGACCUCCCCAACUUCGCAAACAAGGAAAUUGCUACACGUAUGGAAGAGAUCAAGAACCACCUGACCGCGAUUGAGGGUGAUAUCCAGGGCAUCAACCGCUAUCGCUACGCCUACUCCCUCCGUUGCCUAGAGGAGCUUGUCGAAGCCCUCUCGUUCGUCCACUACCUCCGAACCCAGACCCUCAUCACCCCGGAAGAGACUGCCGCCGCUGUACCGGCCAAUGUCUCCAUCACCGAGAACGACUACAUGUACGGUCUGUUUGACCUCUUUGGCGAGAUGAUGCGUUUCGCCACCGUCACCACCGCCCAGACGGGCCAGCUGGCCGGCGUCGAGGGCCGUAACAUCCUGGUGGACAUCCACGAGCUGAGCAGCUGCUUCGAGAUCCUCCCAGAGAUCCCGACAAAGGACUUCAGGGGCAAGAUGGAGGUUAUGCGGCAGUCGGUGCGCAAGGUGGAGAAGCUUGGCUAUGGGUUGGCGAUCCGCGGCACGGAACGGCCCAAGGGCUGGGUCCCUGAUAUGAAGGAGGACUUCGAUCCUUCUUCCCUGGACUAA